AUGUUUGCGGUGGGAUUCUGCAAUAGUCCUACUGAAGCCAGUGAAAGCCAGUUCAGGCACACCAUUUACCCUUGCCAAAUACCUGUGUUUGAUGAUUUACAGGUGGAAGUGGAAGCAAGACAGAUCGACACAGCUCGGCUUCGAUCCUGGAAUAAGAGAGAUUUGUAUGGAAGUUGUGAGCAUCUGGGAGCCUUGCACACAGGAGGCAUUGUUGAUAAGGACCUUCGCCACUACCUCAAUUUACGGUUCCAGAAAGGUUCGGUAGACCACGAGCUCCAGCAGAUCAUAAGAGACAAUCUCUACCUCCGGACAGUGCCAUGCACCACAAGACCACAUAAGGAGGGAGAAGUCCCUGGUGUGGACUAUAUUUUCAUCACAGUUGAAGAUUUUAUGGAAUUGGAGAAAAGUGGUGCUCUCUUAGAAAGUGGAACAUAUGAAGACAACUAUUACGGCACCCCAAAGCCUCCAGCAGAACCAGCUCCAUUAUUGUUAAAUGUAACAGAUCAGAUCCUUCCAGGUGCCACGCCUGGGGCUGAAGGCAAGCGUAAAAGGAAUAAGUCUGUGAGCAAUAUGGAGAAGACAGGUAUUGAACCACCAGAGGAAGAAGAGGAAGAAAGACCUGUAGUCAAUGGAAAUGACGUAACAGUAACACCAGAAUCAAGUGAACAUGAAGAGAAGAGUACAGGUGUCUCAGGGGAGGUAUCUUCCACCCAACCUUGUCCUGCACCAGGAUAUACUCAGCCUGAAGAAGCAAAGGAGGAUAUGGAUGUAACAAAACAGACAAAACCUGAAGAGAAUGAUGAUUUGGGCCCGUUGCCUGAUAAUUGGGAAAUGGCUUAUACAGAAAAAGGGGAAGUCUACUUUAUUGACCAUAACACAAAGACAACAUCAUGGCUGGAUCCACGACUUGCGAAAAAGGCUAAACCUCCAGAAGAGUGCAAAGAAAAUGAGCUUCCAUAUGGCUGGGAGAAAAUUGAUGAUCCCAUUUAUGGCACUUAUUAUGUUGACCACAUAAACAGAAGAACACAAUUUGAAAACCCUGUCCUAGAAGCAAAAAGGAAGCUACAGCAGCAUAACAUGCCCAACGCAGAACUUGGAACAAAGCCUAUGCAGGCCCCAGGUUUCCGAGGUAUGGUACCAUAUCAGCGCACUGGAAGCCAGCAGAAGGGGACUUUCCUCAGCACAACUCUUAAGAAAAGCAACAUGGGUUUUGGAUUUACCAUCAUUGGUGGGGAUGAGCCAGAUGAGUUUCUUCAGGUGAAGAGUGUAAUUCCUGAUGGGCCUGCAGCACAAGAUGGGAAAAUGGAAACAGGUGAUGUCAUUGUCUAUAUUAAUGAAGUUUGUGUCCUUGGACAUACCCACGCAGAUGUAGUCAAACUCUUCCAGUCUGUUCCUAUUGGUCAGAGUGUCAACUUGGUGCUAUGUCGUGGAUACCCUUUGCCCUUUGAUCCUGAAGAUCCUGCCAACAGCAUGGUGCCACCCCUUGCAGUAAUGGAGAGGCCUCCGGUAGUGGUAAAUGGAAGACAUAACUAUGAAACUUAUUUGGAAUACAUUUCUAGGACUUCUCAGUCUGUUCCAGACGUAACAGAUCGACCACCACACUCCUUGCACUCCAUUCCAGCAGAUAGUCAGCUUGAUAGCACAUUCCCACCACCUGCCCAUGAUGAUAAUGUAUCAAUGGCUUCUUCUGGGGCCACACAAGCUGAACUCAUGACCUUAACCAUUGUGAAAGGGGCCCAGGGCUUUGGCUUCACUAUAGCAGACAGUCCUACAGGACAGAGGGUGAAGCAAAUUCUAGACAUUCAGGGAUGUCCUGGUUUGUGUGAAGGUGACCUCAUUGUUGAGAUCAACCAGCAGAAUGUACAGAACCUGAGCCAUGCAGAAGUAGUGGAUAUACUUAAAGAAUGUCCUGUUGGAAGUGAAACUUCUUUGAUUAUCCAUAGAGGAGGUUUCUUUUCUCCAUGGAAAACUCCAAAGCCUAUGAUGGAAAGAUGGGAGAAUCAAGGCAGCCCUCAGACAAGUUUGUCUGCUCCAGCUAUACCACAGAAUAUUCCCUAUCCACCCACCCUUCACAGGAGUUCAUUUCCUGAUUCAACAGAGGCCUUUGAUCCACGAAAACCUGACCCAUAUGAGCUGUAUGAGAAAUCAAGAGCUAUUUAUGAAAGUAGGCGUCCUGAUUACAAGGAGCUGGAUGUUCACCUUCGGAGGAUGGAGUCUGGUUUUGGCUUCCGAAUCCUGGGAGGAGAUGAACCUGGACAGCCUAUCCUGAUUGGAGCAGUAAUUGCAAUGGGCUCGGCAGACAGAGAUGGUCGUCUCCAUCCUGGCGAUGAGCUGGUGUAUGUGGAUGGGAUUCCAGUGGCCGGCAAAACCCACCGAUAUGUGAUUGAUCUUAUGCAUAACGCCGCCCGAAAUGGCCAAGUGAAUCUUACUGUGAGGAGAAAAGUGCUACCAACGGAGUCCUCCAGCCAGAAAGCUCCCCUUCCACCCGGCGCGACGCCCCCUCGCAGCUCCCCCAGCGCUAGGAAAGCGGCCAAUAACCAAGGAGAACCGUGCCCAGAGAAUGGCAGAAGCCCAGGCUCAGUGUCUACGCACCACAGUUCUCCAAGAAGUGACUACGCUACUUAUGCUAACAGUAAUCACGCUGUCUCUAGUAGUAAUGCUACACCCCCAGAGGGCUUUACUUCUCACAGCUUACAAACCAAUGAUGUUGUGAUCCACCGCAAGGAGAAUGAAGGUUUUGGCUUUGUUAUCAUCAGCUCCUUGAACCGGCCUGAAUCUGGGUCCACAAUAACUGUACCCCAUAAAAUAGGGCGGAUAAUUGAUGGAAGUCCUGCUGAUCGCUGUGCAAAACUUAAAGUCGGAGACCGGAUCUUAGCUGUGAAUGGCCAGUCUAUUAUUAACAUGCCUCAUGCAGAUAUUGUGAAACUAAUUAAAGAUGCAGGUCUCAGUGUCACACUUCGCAUCAUUCCUCAGGAGGAGCUGAACAGCCCGGCCUCGGCGCCCGGCUCGGAGAAGCAGAGCCCGCUGGCGCAGCAGCACAGCCCGCUGGCCCAGCAAAACGCAAUCGUUUUGCUCAGUUAUAGGUCAGAAGUAAAAGCAAGACAGGAUGUGAAACCUGAUAUCCGGCAACCUCCGUUUACAGACUACAGGCAGUCUUCAACAGACUACAGACAGCCACCGCUGGACUACAGGCACCCCCCAGUAAUGGAUUACCAGCAGCCACCCCCUCUCGACUACAGGCAGCCGCCCUUGAUAGAUUACAGGCAGCAUUCGCCUGACACCAGACAGUACCCUCUGUCGGAUUACAGACAGCCCCAGGAUUUUGAUUAUUUCACUGUUGAUUUGGAGAAGGGAGCCAAAGGUUUUGGGUUUAGUAUUCGAGGAGGAAGGGAGUACAAAAUGGAUUUGUAUGUGCUGAGGUUAGCAGAAGAUGGACCAGCAAUAAGAAAUGGAAGGAUGAGGGUAGGAGAUCAAAUAAUUGAAAUCAAUGGAGAAAGCACAAGGGACAUGACACAUGCCAGAGCAAUAGAGCUAAUCAAGUCUGGCGGCAGGAGAGUGCGACUGUUGUUGAAACGUGGAACAGGCCAGGUCCCAGAAUAUGACGAACCAAACUCCUGGAGUGCUCCCUCUGCCACCUCCCCAGGUCUGCCGGAAGUAGCUCUUUCCCUCGAUGACAUAAUCUCACCAUUAUCUUCAUCACACAUAGCCCCACCCUCUGACCCUUCUCACCAGAUAAGCCCAGAGCCAACAUGGGAUAUCAAGAGGGAACAUGAUGUAAGAAAACCAAAGGAGCUUUCGGUGAACGGUCACAAGAAGAAAAGGUUAGGAGAGCAAAGAGAAAGGUCAGCAAGUCCUAAAAAGGUAGACAGGUCAAAGCAUGAAGAGGCUUCUUGGAAAGGAUAUUCAGAAGGCAAACAUAAGACCACUGAUGGUGGCAGGCCCACCUCAGAAAGUAAAGUGGUGGGACAUGGCGUUAUGAUCGAGGCAGGCGCGAGAGAGCACGUGUGCGCUGGAACCAGUGAUGAACAGUUUGGGAGGCUGAGGAAGCCGGAAAGCAAGAGAGGAGGAUCUCUUAGCAAAAAAGAAGAUCACAAAUCUGGAAAUACCAGUGAGAAAAAGUCAGCUGCAGCAUCUGACCAUGUCAAGCUUGACACAGGUGCUACCAAGACAUACAGCAGCAAUCGCUGCAGCUCACCUGGAAGUGAUAUGGACCACAGCCAGAGGGACCCUGACGGGAAACCCAGCGAGUUCCCCAGGAAGGGACAUCUCCACUCCAUCAACGCUCGCAGCACCAACACCGCAGUUCGAAAGGCAACUGUCUCCCCAGGACCUUGGAAAAUCCCUGGCUCUGACAAGCUACCUAGCGUUCUGAAGUCUGGUACUUCUGCCAUGAGCAGAUAAACAAGGGACUGUUGCCCUCUAACUGUCUCAAAUUGACGCAGAACAUUCUUCUUAGUUUUUGUCUCACAUUGAUUUAUUUUAAUUUAUUUUAACUAUCACACAUAUACACAAAGCAUUGAGGAAUGAAAACGUUAGUGUGUAAUUCCAUGACAAUGUGCACAGUAUCUAAUAAGUUCAAAAGCAUAUAGUCAACACGAAGAUUUAAAAUUGACCCUGAAGUCCCAGUUCCAUUUUAGGGACUUUGGCAGCUAUGGAAGAAACCAAAACAAUAUGAAGGACAGUACACGAGAGGAGGCUAGUGCAGUGUAGCUUUAGCAUUUUUUUUCCACUGCAUGAAGGACUUGGAUUUCAUUCAAACUUUAUAUCAAGAAACUGGAACAAGUUAGAGCAAUCACAAACUGGAACAUCGCCUUAAAUAAAACUGCACGGAGCAAGCUGAAAUUGAGAAAGGAUCUUUUCAUGGAGCUAAAAUGUUGUAAAUAAAUUGUUCUCAACAUAUCUAGACAGGGGUUAAAGGGUUUCUUUGAAGCAUUUGGAACUGUACACCCAUGACACGUCUCCACUGUUAACACUUUGAGAUAGUCCACGUGAUACCCUGUAGCAUAGGCCACUGGGAGCUACGGGAGGCGUUGGGAAUCUAGUUAGUUUCUGUGAUACCAUUUCUACUGCCAUUUUUGUGAACAAACCAUAUUUCUGUACAUUGGAAAGGAGUUAGGGUGGAGUUGUAUUUGCAAAUUAUUCUCAAAAGCAAUUUACUACAGGUUCCCCGAAUACCGCAAGGUAGCACGCAAACCAAUUGGCCAGGCUCAAAACUCCGGCGUUUGCAAAGCCCUUACAGCAAAAGGAAGAUUGCUAAAGAGAAAAAGCUGCAGUUUCCUUAAGGAAAGGCCUUUCCCUCCUGCAGAAAAUGAUAGCGUUGCUUAUCAACAGUGCUAUGUUUCACACCGAUUUGCAUUUAGUUUGGGCACUUUUCCAUUCCAUUCCCUGGGUCUGGCAGAGCAGGCGCCUUUAAGGCACACAUUAACACUGAUUAGACUGCUUUCUCAAAUACAGUUUUCGGUGUCCUCAUUCAGUAAAUUUGAUAUAUUUCCGUUUUUAAAAUGGUUCCCGUUUUAUCAUUUCUUCCCUACCUCCAUCUUUUUUUCAUUAUUAUUUUAGUCUUUUUGUUUUCGUCUUUCUUGCUUGUCUGUUUUGAAUUUCAAGCCUUAAGUGCCAGGUAAACGUUCCAGUCUGCCUUCACAGGAAAUAAUUCCCAGUUCGGUCAGUCAGUCAUCCUGUUUCAAAAAGAUGCCUGUGUGUAUGUGUAAGUGUGCAUAUGCGUAUUUGUCCGUCAAUAUUAAAACAAAAUCCUGGGCAAUAAUACAUUGAUAAUCUAAAAAAAAAAAAAAUAAAGCUAAGUACUGUCAAAAAUUCAUAUUUAAAAAUGCUGUUCUCUAGCAAUCUUAGUUCUUCAUAUGCUCUGCUCAAAAAUUAGAUUGAGAUUGGCUUCGUUCCAAGAAAUUAGCACAUUACUGUAUGUCUCAAACAUUGCACUGGACUGAGAAAUUAUAGGCAUGUUUCUUCCUAUCCAAUUAUUUGAAAAGCCUCAAGUAAAGGAUUUUGCAGCUUUCAAACAUUUUUUUAAUAAAAAGCUCCAUUUAUAAUUUCUAAAAAAGCACAAGUCCAUGUAGCUGUUUACAAAACUCUUAUUUAAUGAAAAAAAAUCUUUAUCCCCUGAACUAGAAUCCAAUAUAAUUUGCCAUUAAUUUAUUGAAACUGAUUUUGGACAAUGCUUCUGUAGUGUAGAUGCACGUCCCAGUAUCUUAUUUUUAUGUAUAAAGAAAGCAAACAAUGAAAUCUGAAAAACAGUUGAGAUUAUGCUUGCAUAAACUCUAAUUUGCACAGUUCACAGCUACUCCUUGUGCAGUAAUUGCUUUAUGCGGCUGUAAUCGAUAACCUGUGAAGACAGCACAUCAUCUAAACCCCAUUCCA